AACUCCCUGCCAGCUGUUUGAUAGCUGUCCCAAUCUCUCCAUGUGAUGCCUUCUUAAUACCCCCACCAGAAUACCCCUCUUUGUCAAUUGAUCAUUGAAGACAACUUUUAAUUUGCUUCUUAAUGAGACAAAUAAUCAAAGUCAUAGAAAUUCGGAGAUAAGACAUUGUCUAUAUGAUAAUAACACACAGUGUCCUUUGUAUGUUCUCUUAUAAAACGUUAUCUUCUCUUCACUUCACUCUCUAAAAACCCCUUCCAAUUUUUUUUUAUCCAACCAUAUCCGACAUAUUUAAUUACAUUUCGAUCAACAAUUGAAGGUAAUGCUGCGUCUUGAGAUCCUAAUUGUUAUGGUUCCGCUGCAUCACAAGGACCAAUUGUGAGAAAUAACCAUUCUAGAACAAUCAUUUAGUUUGGUUCAUUCUUUGGCUGCUCUGUUCCCCCAAAAACACACAAUCUAAGUAAACGUGAGACAUAAAAUUGUCCUUGUUGUGGAAGCAUUUUGUUAUAUUUUCUUGAAAUCCCAUCAACUUUGACCAAAAAUAGCAAGAAAAAAUGGCACACUUACCACCAAGAGCACCUAACAUGACAUCAAAUUGGCCUGAUUUUUCACUUCAUCAAAAAGUGGACAACUUAUCUCCAACUGCUCACAAUUUAUGGGGGGACGAAUUCCUCGACAUGUCGUCGAGGCGUGGGUCCCACCGGAGAUCGAUGAGUGACUCCAUUGCUUUCUUGGAGUCACCCAUGGUGGAAGAAUGCAGGAGGCUAUCCAGUACCCCUGGAUCCGGUGGGACCGUUAACGGUCACGAGGAAUUCGAGAGGUUUGAUGAUGAGCAACAGAUCAUGUCCAUGUUCAACGAUGAUGUCCACGACAUGUCGUGUUCGAACCCGUCAUCGCCGUCUGAAUAUAUCAAUGAUAAUGAAGAUAAAAGUAUGAACAAUACUAGUAACCAACAAAUACAGCAGCAGUUUAAGAGUGAAAAUGAUGAAGUCCAAAGCUUAUGCCAGAAUACUGAAGAAUUACCAGCAGCUAAUCAGAAUGCAAGUACUAAUGAAUAUUCUUCUGAAAGAGUUGUUGAUCCUAAGAGAAUUAAAAGGAUUUUGGCAAAUAGACAAUCGGCGCAAAGGUCGCGGGUGAGGAAACUUCAGUACGUAUCGGAGCUAGAACGUAGCGUUAGCACUCUUCAAGCUGAAGUUUCGGUACUGUCACCAAGAGUUGCAUUCCUGGACCACCAACGUUUGUUGCUAAAUGUUGACAAUAGUGCACUCAGACAAAAAAUCGCAGCUCUCGCCCAAGAUAAAUUGUUUAAAGAUGCUCAUCAAGAAGCAUUGAAACGAGAAAUAGAGAGGUUGAGGCAAAUUUAUUACCAACAGAACCUGAAGCAGAUGGAAAACAAUGGUACACCAAUGACAACACAACAAUCACUUGCCGAUUCUGAGAUGAAAGUACAGCUUGUCAAUUAAUCUCUCCUUCCUCAUCCUUCUUCAGCUAGUGCAGAAAAAGCUACUGCAACUGAUAGCUGAGAAGGAGCACUUAGCAAUAUUCGUGUGGGGAAAUUUCCUUAUCUGACAGGAUAAGAUCACUUGGAUCUCUAAAUUGAUCUAUUAUUUUCAGGGACCAUAAGAAUCUUAC